AUGGCGUCAAACCCCACGGCAACGCUCACCAGCCUCCUCAAAAGCUCCACCAUCUCUGACCACUCCGAUGUCCUCAAAGCCGCCAACGGCGUCCUCAAGGCCUCCAAAAACAACCCUGAUGCCCUGCAUACCCGAGUAGUGGCCCUCCUCAAACUCGACCGCUUCAGCGACGCCCUGCGCGCUCUAGACGAUGGCGGUGACAAGCUUGCUGAACGUUGCACGUUCGAGAAGGCGUAUGCGUUAUACAAGACUGGGGAACUGGAGGAAGCUUUCAAGCUGGCUCAAAAGGGGGGUGGAAGAGGCUUAAAGCAUGUUGCAGCACAGGUUGCUUAUCGUGCUGAGAAGUUCGAGGAUGCGGCGGUGAUUUACAGGGAGCUGAGUUCAGAUGACGCGGGGAUUGAGGGGGAAGAGAACGAUCUGCGAAUCAACAGCUCGGCAGUCGAUUCCCAAUUGGAAUGGCAAGGCAAUGGGGAGAAGGUCGAAAAGAGCAGGAAGAAGCCUAGUAGAGAGGACCUUGAGGCUUUUGAGACAUCGUACAACGCUGCUUGUGGCUGUAUCGCGCGAGGAGAGCUGGCAUCUGGAAGUGUGUUGUUGAAACGGGCACGAGAUUUGUGUGAAGCGUUGGACGAGUUGAGUGACGAGGAGAAAAGAGCAGAGGUACUGCCAAUUAUGGUUCAACAGGCUUAUGUUUUCACAAAACUCGGGAAGCUGGAAGAGGCGGAGGCUUUGCAAAAUAUGAUAAAAAUUGCUGAUGUCCCUGAGCCUCCCACAAAGGUUAUUGCCCAAAACAAUCAACUGGCUGCAACACCAAGCGAGAACCCAUUCAUGACCCAACGCAUUUUCGACUCCGUUCCCUCGCUAGCACACGGAGAAAAACAUUUCAGACACCAAGCUAGCAUUCUAGAGCGAAAUAGAUACACCAUUGAUCUCCAAUCACUAAAGUACUCAGGUGUAGCGUUCUCGACCGCAUCCAUUAUUACGAAGGCACCCUCCCCAACGACCUCCUCGUUCGUCAGCACACUUACUGUCCUCAACGCCGCAGCUCACGCGAAAUGCGAGACCGGGAAAGCGAGCAUAAAGCAAAUAAUGCCCCUCUUAGAGAAGCGACCUAAUGACGUCGGGCUCAUCUUGGUCCUCAUUCAGCUCUACAUCCUAACCAAUAACCCCGGGCCCGCCAUCACCCUCCUGGAAACCUUCUUCAAGCGCCUCGAAGAGUCUACUUCCCCCGCUGACCAAGAUGUGCGAUUCGCACCCGGCCUCGUCGGACUUAUCGUCUCGCUGUACCGACUAUCCGGUCGAAAAUCCCCCAUAAAAACAGAACUAGGGAAGGCAGCUUCUUAUUGGCGGCGGAAAUCGAAACCCUCUGUAGCACUGUUCCGUGCUGCCGGAAAGUCGUUGUUGGAAUCCUCAGACGCCGAAGAUUUUUCCGCAGCCGGCGAAAUAUUCUCCACGCUCCUCACCCAAGAACCCACCGACCGCACCGCGAUAGCCGGAUACGUAGCGUCAUACGCCACUUCUGACCUCCCGAAAGUUGCGUCGCAGCUCGAAAAGCUAACCCCCGUCUCAAGCCUCAUCGCCGGCAUUGACGCCGCGGCACUAGAAGAAGCAGGCGUCCCAACUCUGGCUCCUCCCAUAUCCGCAAGCAAGAAACGCCCUGCCGAAGCGGAGGAGAAGAAGCCCGAAGAGGUGAAGAAGCGGAAGGUUCGCGCGGGCAAGAUGCCAAAGGACUUUGAGGAAGGCAAGAAGAUGGAUCCGGAGAGGUGGCUACCGCUCAAGGACCGUAGUAGUUAUCGGCCCAAAGGCAGGAAGGGGAAGAAGAAGGCGGCGGAUAUGAUGCAGGGCGGUGUUGUAAAGGAGGAGGGCGAGAGUCUGGAACUUGCUGGGGGCGCGGGGAGUGUGAAGGUUGAGAAGGCUACUGGUGGAGGGGGCGGUGGAGGUGGAGGGAAGGCGAAGAAUAAGAAAAAGGGGAAGAAAUAG